CGCUCGUCAGCUUGUAUAGACGAUCUUCGCUGGGCAGUUUCGGUCUGACGCGGCUUUCUGGCAGGCUAGCUGUCAGAAAAAAGGACUGGCAUCUCUUCUGGAUGGGAUUUCUUGAGAGAGGAAAGGCUGAUGUGUCCCUGCAGCUAGUUUCUACCAUGGAUGGUGCACCUGUGUUGCUUUAAACCAAUUUGAUAGUGUAUUUUCUCGCCACCACCCUCAGACUAGAUGACAAGAGAUGAGAAACUGCAGCCCUGGACCACAUCAUGAGCAUUCAAAGUCUGGGAGGAACUAUAGGGGAGUCCCUUGGCUCUAGCCUGACAGUGCGUAUGAGCGGAGCAGGUGGUGGGUGGAACGCUCUCUCCCUGAAACCUGUUUCCUCCGGGCGGAUUGCUUCUAUUUUCCACACCAUGGUUCCUACUGGUUACACCAAGCUUCAGGAGGAGCGCUUGGCCAUGGUGGACCUCGGAGCUAAAUCUGAGGCCAGCUCAGUCCAGAAUGGCUACAGACAGGAGACAUCUCAUACAGAAGGCAGACGAGUCCUGGACCGGACCUCUCGGUCCUCUCUGACUUUAACAGACUGUGUUGAUGGAGACUACUCUGAGACAGAACCUAUGCUGGCUGAGAAGAGGCUCUCCGGGGAAGAGGCAAAUGAGGAGGAGGAAGAUGAAGAGGAAGGACUGGGAUCUGACCUGCAGAAUAUGCCCAAGGAGUCACCGCUGGCUAUGGCAUUGCAGAUUUUGGUGCCUUUUCUUUUAGCUGGAUUUGGAACUGUAUCCGCUGGAAUGGUGCUGGAUAUUGUGCAGCACUGGGAGGCAUUCCAGUACAUCACAGAGAUCUUCAUCCUCGUACCUGCUCUGCUCGGCCUGAAGGGAAACCUGGAGAUGACUCUGGCCUCAAGGCUGUCCACAGCGGUAAAUGUGGGAAAGAUGGAUUCUCCCAUUGAGAAGUGGAAUCUAAUCAUAGGAAACCUGGCACUGAAGCAGGUUCAGGCCACUGUGGUGGGUUUCCUGGCGGCCGUAGCAGCCGUGGUUCUUGGUUGGAUCCCAGAGGGAAAGUUUCAGAUGAGCCACGCUGUUUUGCUUUGCUCCAGCAGUGUGGCCACGGCCUUUAUAGCCUCCCUGCUGCAGGGCAUCAUCAUGGUGGGCGUAAUUGUGGGCUCAAAGAAGACGGGCAUUAACCCAGACAAUGUAGCCACACCCAUUGCAGCCAGUUUUGGUGACCUCAUAACCUUGGCAAUCCUGGCCUGGAUAAGCCAAGGGCUAUACAAGUGCCUAGAUUCCUAUCCGUAUGUGUCGUCGCUGGUUUGCGCCUUCUUCAUGUGUCUGACUCCUCUGUGGAUCGUCAUCUCCUCCAAGCACCCCGCCAGCCGCACCCUCCUCUACUCCGGAUGGGAGCCAGUCAUCACUGCCAUGGUCAUCAGCAGCAUUGGAGGGCUCAUCCUGGACAAAACAGUGUCUGACCCAAAUCUGGCCGGCAUUGUAGUGUACACCCCGGUUAUCAACGGUAUUGGGGGUAAUCUGGUGGCCAUUCAGUCAAGCAGGAUCUCCACCCACCUUCAUUUUCACUGUGCUCCUGGGGAAGUUCCUGAUGAGGCCAAGGGCUGCUACUACCCCUGCCGCACAUUCUGUGGUACAGGUGCCAAUCAUCGUUCUGCACAGGUGCUUCUCCUUUUACUCAUUCCCGGUCACCUGAUUUUCCUCUAUACCAUCCACCUCAUGAAGAGCGGCCACACCACCCUCACACCCAUCUUCACGUCUGUCUAUCUAGCUGCUGCUCUGCUGCAGGUGCUGCUCUUGUUGUUCAUAGCGGACUGGAUGGUGCACUCCAUGUGGCGGAGCGGCAAGGACCCAGACAGUUUUUCCAUCCCUUACCUGACAGCUCUGGGUGACUUGUUGGGCACCGCCCUGCUGGCACUUAGCUUUCACUUCCUGUGGCUCAUAGGAGACCAGGACAGUGACGUGGGCGACUGAUAUCGCGGUGGCAGGAGUCCUGCCAUCUCUCAGCUCCUCAUGCCCUUAAGCCUUGUUGUAAUGUGGGUGCUCCUUGUUGCUGGCCAGCACAUUCUUUAACUUCACAUACUGGAUGAAACUUAAACUACAUGAUGGUUUAAAAACUAUUCCUGUUUAUUCUACAUACAAAACACAUCAUACACCUUAAAUUUAUUCUUUUAUGUAGCGAUUGUGACCUGCAUUGUUUGCACCAAAGCACUGCUGGCCCUGCCCUGUUCACAGGAGCAGGAAGUCACCAGCUAUCAUCCACAAAACUGAGGAAACCUUAACUGCUGUUUCCAAGGUGAUCUCUGCCAGCCAGGCACCAGUCAAAAAAUAAAAAUGUCUCAUAUAUCUGGAAUAUAUUUUGGGGAAUUGCCACCCACUGUGUCUGUUUGCUACCUUGUCUAGUACUGCUUCAUCAUCGGUGGAGGAACACAGAGAAGGUUAAGGUGGGAAACAAGACAAGUUGUUAUAAUUUUGCAGAUUUUGUGAAGCAGGCUUACUGUCACUGGCGAUAAAAGGGAAGAACAUGAAUGAUGGUACGAAAAGUCUACUUGUCCUCCCAUGUCUGUGUAUUUUUGUGUUUAGCUGUUUAAUAGUUUGUAUUGUAUUUCUCUGUUCUGUUUGUUGGGAACAUUCCUCUCCAUGUUAUACCUGUAUUACAUCUAUAAGUUUCUAAUGUCAUCAAUCAGCCACAACAUUAAAGCCACCAGCUGUCGGGGUUGGAUACUGGAAAUCUGGGAUUGCUGUGUGGGGGUGUGGUCUUCAUAAUGGAUAUUUUGGGUCUCCCAGGAGAUUCUGAUUAAAGUGGGAUCUGGAAGUUGGGUUAAAAACUUGGGCUGUUGUGUUUUUUAAGAUGUUCCUGAACAUUUUUUUUUCUUUGGGGUGAGCUACAGCCAGUGUCUUGUUUGGGAAGGCCACUGCUGUCAGGGAUUUAAUGUUCUGGCUCAUAACUGUACACAUUUUUUCCACUUUCUAAAGUCUGUGUAUUUGGGGAAUGGGGACCAAAAAGUCUAGUCUUGUGGGCAUUGAUGUAACUUUCUUGGUUUGAACUGAUGUCAUGUUUUUCUCCCAGGAACCAGGUCAGUAAAGGUGCUUGAAUAGGAAAAUGAACAGAGGUCAGAACAGGAAAUUGCUGCAAACUGGCCUUUGACUAAGGUCCUGCCUCAGAGAGUGGUUGUCCUACAAGAGCUUAGCAGUCACAACUUACGGAGAGCAGUAUGUGGAAGGGGGGGAUCGUAUGAGUGGUUUCUGGAUGAGAGGUCUUUUCUUUUAUUAGAACUCACAAGAAUCAAAGUGAAAGGAAUGGAUGAAGUAUUGUCUAAUGUAAGAUGUGCACAUCUGGAUAUGUAGCUGGCUGGUUUCAGGACUAAUGUUGAGCAUUUUAUUAACUUGCUCUUACUCUGCGGGACUACAGAUAACAAGUCUUCCCAUUUACAUUAUAGACUUCGGUUAGCGGAGAUAACAGACCUUAAUUAGACCUCAUGCUAGAAACCUUUUAUCAUUGAAAAGGUAAAACUGUAUAAGGUCAAAACCUGAUUAAGAAGCUCUGCGUAACAUUACAUCAACGCUUUACUCACCUGUACAGGGGCCGUAGGCUUCAUUAUUACAUGUAUGUAGACAUCAGGAUCAUUUUAAAUCCCCGUGUUUAAAACGAGUGAGCGAGGAACCUUAAGUUAGCUGUAGGCAUAGCACAAACGGUCAGUUAGUGAAAUCAAUGGGAAGCAGCCAAAAACAAGGACCUCUUUUUGUCUACCACUGUGCAAAUUCUGACAGUGUCAGUAUAAUCUGCAUAUGUGCUGAAAACAGGAGGAGCAGGGUUUAGGGAAUAAUCAGUCGCUGCACUGUAUCGAGCAGUUUCGCCUGUUAGGUUGUGUCAGUGUUAAUAGAAUUUGCUCUACCAUAAGUUCAACUAACACAUACAAUCCUUAAUGUAUUUUAUCGGCAAUAUCCAUUGCAUUAACCCUUACAUACUGUUCCUAUUCUUUGCCUUCAUGGUAUGAUUUAGGUCACUUUUGACAUAGGCCAAAAAUUCACUCACAAUAAGUCUCUACAACAAAUUUUGAAUGGUAAAUGGACUAGUUUGUAUAUAUAGUGCUUUUCUACUCUAAGCACUCAAAGCGCUUAUACAUACAGAUCAAUUUCGAAUGUAUAAAUAGUCUGUGUAACAUUUAUAAAUGGAGGAUUAAUGCUUAAAGUUUCAGAGAACAGGGAGAGUGUAUUUUUUUUUCUUUUAACAACACCUGUUUUUGGAGAAAACCAUCUGUUAUCACACAUUUCAUGUCCUUUUUACCCAAGGCAUGACAAUAACAGCUAUAAACAUUUAAAGAUAUUUUUUGAUUGUGAAAAACUGUUGUGAUUUAUUAUAUAAUGCAGCCAUUAAAUACUCUCCUCAGUUCUGUAUUAUAAUUACCGAUUCAAUAUCAGUCAAUACUUAGAGCACACUAUUGCAAACUAGUGCGUGCAUUUGAAGCAUUGGUAGGACACCUUGCUUGUAUAGGAUUUGCACACAUUUCCCACACUCACUGAAAUGGCAGUCCAGGUCACUGUAAUCUCUUUGGAUCUCUGUUUUAAUCUCAGCCAGCUCACAACAAAUGGAUUCUAUGUUUAUAGUUGCAUUAUUUUAUUACACUGUGGGCACUUCUGCUUGCAGGGUCAAAAUACAAGCACCAACUGAUAGGCACAUAAUGUACUUACAUUUAUAUAGCACUUGUCUAGUCUUAUUGGCCACUCAGAGAGCGUCUAACUACAAUUUAACUAUGCAUUCAUACAGCACUUUAUUCAACACUCUUCAACUACCCCACAUUUAUGGCAAAUUUAGAAUAGCCAAUUAAGCUAACAUGCAUGUCUUUGGACUGUGACAGAAAGCCAGAGUAUGUGGAGAAAACCCGCUCUACGUACUCAGGAGUGGGUUAAACAUGCAAACUCCUCAGUCAGGAUUUGAACCAGGAACCUUCUUGCUCCAAGACAACAGUGCUAGCCACUCCACAACCACACCACCCUAUUUCAGAUUUCAUGCAUGUGUCAAGGCAUCUUCUGUCCUUAUGUGCACCAUUUAUGAUCAUUCUUAUCCUCUGUUCCUGUUACACUGUUUGGAGAUUCCCCCACAAUCCUUCAAAGACCAGCAGGUGCCUGUCUCUGCGGGAACCUGGGCAAGUGUGGGAACACAGACAGUUCUCAUUACAGUGGCAAGGUCCCCCUUGAUUUCUGUCACCAUUGUCCCAUAAAGAUAUACACAGACAUGGAGUGUACACUUUCAAGAGUUCCUAACAGCACCAUUGUCCUUGAUUUGACCCACACUUCUAAAGUCCAUCUCAUUGGAUAUGGGUCAAAUUUGACCCAGAACAGCCUGAAUGUAUAAAAGUAAAUUAUAAAAAAUAAAAAUAUUUACAUUUUUGUGUUUUGGAUCACUUUAGGAAAAGUAAUCAAAUUCUGGCUAAGAGAAUGACAUGUAGGGUACUUUUCUGAUGUUAAAUGUCAAACACUAUGUAAGGGUUAAUGUCCUUUUUGUUUGUCGUGUUGUGAAACAGAGUGGGACCACUGGCGUUCCACGGUGGAUUCUUGCAUGUCAAUCACAUGCUGUUUACAUGCAUGCUCACAAUUAAUCAGCAGUUCUCAGAAUCUUGAUUAAACACCAGACUUCAGCUCGACUGUAUUCACUUUUUCCAAAUGUGUUGUCUUCAGUAUUCAGAGACAGCUGAUUCAGCCUGAUAUUAAAUCAUUCUCUGUAGCUCCUUUGGGAAUGACACGGGAGAUUAAACCCCCUCAUUGUGCGCAUGUGAACGUAGCCAGUGGCUCUCCUUAAACCCAAUAUGUGCCUCUUGAGAUUCACUGGUUGACAAGGUAUUUUUUCACUCUGUCAUGCCAUUAAUGUGAUUUUCUUUCUUCUGUCUGGUAAUACUUUCCUUUUUGUACUCUUUCAGUUCUGAAUCUCUUUGAAGAGUUUCAUCCCCAAAAUGACAUAUCCACUGUCUUUAAUUGUGUAAAACUACAUGCAGAUAUCAUAAACAUUGUCAGAUUGUGAAUCUGGACUGUGGAUAGAUUCCUCCAUUUUUGGAAUGAAACCCUUUGUUUACUUUUUGUGGCUCAUUUGGGCCAGAAAUGAUUAAACAAUAAAUGAAUUACCUUGAUUUGACAAACA